UACUGGUGGAGUCAGAGCAGGGGUGGCCUCCUGUGCUCUGUAUGUUCACUGUGAAGAAGCAAGUAAGCAUGGCUGUUCCCAGCAGCACAGUGUUUGACUGCAUUGUAUUAGGAGCUGGAAUCCAGGGUUCUUUCACUGCCUAUCACUUAGCCAAAAACCAUAAGAAGACCCUUCUACUGGACCAGUUCCCCCUUCCCCACUCCAGAGGCAGCUCUCAUGGGCAGACAAGAAUUAUUCGUAGAGCUUAUGCAGAAGAUUUUUACACCAACAUGAUGGAAGAGAGUUACCAACUUUGGGCAGAGUUGGAAAAAGAGUCUGGAAUCCAACUGUACAGGAAAACAGGCAUUGUCGUCAUAGCCCCAACUGGAAAUGAAGAAUUUGAGUUAAUAUGUAAGAAUAUGGAAGAAGGACAAAUGUCAUGGGGCACUCUGACGCAAGAGGAAUUCAUGCAGAAAUAUCCAGGGUUUUUACUAAAGCCUGGAGAAGUUGUCUGCUGUGACCAUGAUGGUGGAGUUCUGAGCGCCGACAAAGCCUUACGGGCUGUGCAGGAACAGUUUAAAAAAAUGGGUGGAGUAAUCCGAGAUGGGGAAAAAGUAACACACGUACAGCCUGGACAGGUGGUGACUGUGACAACUGCUUCUAGUGUUUUUGAAACCGAAAAAUUAGUCAUCACUGCAGGCCCAUGGGCCCAGAAAGUGCUUAGCCCUCUUGGCCUUGAACUACCUCUGAAGACGCUGAGAAUCAAUGUAUGUUACUGGAAAGAGAAGAUUCCUGGAAGAUCUGGACUUCUGCAGAACAUCCCUACGUUCUUGGGUGUAAAUCUGAAUGGAGAAGAGCAUGAGGUGUAUGGACUACCCUCCCAGGAGUAUCCAGGGCUAUUUAAGAUUUGCUUUCAUGGUGGAAAUGAGGCAGACCCUGAAGAGCGUGAGCUUCAGGACAAACCCAACAAAAUUGAUGAUAUUAAAAUACUGUGCAAUUUUAUUAGCCAGUACCUUCCGGAUUUGCACCCCAAGCCUGCCGUGAUAGAACAGUGUAUGUAUACGAAUACACCAGACUGCAAUUUUAUUUUGGACUACCAUCCUGUCCACAAAAACAUUGUCAUAGGAUCUGGAUUUUCAGGUCAUGGUUUCAAACUUUCGCCACUGGUUGGGAAGAUCUUAUGUGAGCUCAGCAUUGGGAAGCAGCCAAUAUAUGAUCUCAAGCCGUUCCGUAUAAGUCGAUUCAAGACCCAAUAGAUUCACUUUUAUAAAGCAAUACUAAGAACAGAAGUAGAAAAGAUGAAUUUUUGAUUUAAGAUUUGUGAAUGAUAUCCAGAGGCACAACUAACUACAUGUAUAACAACAAAGAGUCUAUGAUGUUAUCCAGUGAAGCAACCAUGAUGAUGGCUUUUAAGAUGACAUAUAAUAUCUGAUAACAUGUUGACGACACUAUAACUUGUAAUCAUCUAUAGAGUUUUCAUGUCUCCAAAAUUUGUGAUUAGUGAAUAACAGACAUUUCAAUUCUGAUAUGAUUAAUUCAAUAUUUUCUGGAAAAAUAAACAUGAAAAUACAUACUGACCAAAACUGAA